AAACCUCUCAAGUUUGCAGCGGGGCUUGUACUCCUGCAGUAUACCAUGAGUGUUGGGUAACGUCAGUCCUCUAAAGGAUUACUUUCCCUACAGUAUGAAAAGGAAAACUGAAAUGCAAACCUGGAGGCAGCCUGAAAUAUCCAAGUAGAUGAGCUUUUGACAUCCUCUUCCAUUGCCGAGAGAAAUUCCACAUACCCCAGCUGUGCCUCCUUAAUAAAGAAUCACGUUAAAGACUUCCGAACUCAGAUUUCAAAGGAACACUCUUACUGUUCCAGCUGCCCUAUAAAGUAAUUGGGGCCAGCUGGAUGUCAGGAUGCAAGUGGUUACCAUUAUAAUACUACUUUUCUUUAGUCAAGCAGCUGAUCUGAGGAAAACAAGAAAUGGAAAUUCAAGAAAGAAAGCAAAUAAUGGAAAGACAAGUAGCUUAGGAAAAGCAUCCAGCACUGUGAAGCGCUUUACCCCAAGUCCCCCCUGUGACAUCUACACUUCUCUGUUUGAGAAAUACUUAGAUUGUCAAGAAAGAAAACUGACAUUUGUACUGCCUGAGUGGCCUGACGAUUUAAAGCACAUGCUCCUAGCACAAAAUGCAAUUCGUAAGCUGAAGAACAACAUGUUCUCCAAAUUCCCAAAACUGAAAAGUCUAGACUUACAACAGAAUGAGAUAUCAAAGAUUGAGGUUCAAGCUUUUUGGGGUUUGAACAAACUGACCACACUUUUACUACAGCACAAUAAACUUAAGGUUUUGUCAGAAGAGGUGUUCAUUUACAUGCCUCUCUUAACUUACUUACGCUUGUAUGACAAUCCUUGGCACUGCAACUGUCAGAUGGAAUCACUUAUGACGAUGCUGCAGCUUCCAAGAAACAGGAACUUGGCAAAUUAUGCUAAGUGUGUAUAUCCAGAAGAACUGAGAGGUCAAAAGCUCAAGCUGAUACAAGUUGAACAGCUUUGUGGCGAAAAAGUGGGCCCCCAACCAAAACCUGAAGUCACUAGACCUGAAUUUGAUUCUUCACUUUGCCACAUGUAUGUGUUUCCUGUACAAACACUAGACUGCAGAAGAAAAGAUUUAAAAAAAGUCCCUAGCAAUAUAUCUCCAGACACAGUUAAACUUGAUCUUUCCAGUAAUAAAAUCACUUUACUACGACCCAAGGAGUUUGAAGACAUUGAUGACCUGAAGGUGUUAAACCUCAGUAGCAAUGGAAUAGUCCACAUAGACCCAGCUGCUUUUGCAGGACUCAUCAAUCUAGAAGAAUUAGAUCUAUCAAACAACUCUCUGCAAAAUGUUGAAUAUGGUGUCUUGGAACAUUUGUACUUUUUGAAAAUACUGCGACUUAGAGAAAACCCUUGGAGUUGUGACUACAACAUCCAUUAUCUUUUCUACUGGCUGAAGCACCACUACAAUGUCCAUUAUAAUGGCUUAGAAUGUAGAAAACCUGAAGAAUAUAAAGGAUGGCCUGUUAGAAAAUAUGUCAGAAGUUAUUUUGAGGAAUGUCCCAAAGAUAAGCUACCUAUUUAUCCAGACAUAUUUGAUGAUAAUGAAACAGAAGAGCCAACUCCAAAACAUUCAGUAAUUGUCACUGUAAUAGAUUAAUUUGUCCACUAUUAUGUUCAAACAUUUGAUAUUUUUUGUAAGAAAAAGGACAGUUUAUAUAUUUUGAUCAUUGUGGUGUUUGUUCAUAACGGACUAUCUGCUAAAAUAUUUUUCAGUACUAAUCACAAGAUGGCAUUAAUUACAUUGUUCUUUAUAAACUUACUGUUUUUAA